CUCUCCAUGUAACAUAGAUGAAUUUUGCCUGGAGAGUAAUCAAAUGCGUACUUGUUCUGAUGUGACACAUGUACCAGAAUCUUUGAGUGUAUUCCACGCACUUCAUCAAAUAUCUCUGUCUGCUUGGUCCAAUGGUUAUGGUUGUGAAACCGGGUUGAUUUCUGCUAAUCCGAAGUCAGGGUCACCUAACGAAGGAAAAGACUCUGAACUCAACAUCAGGAAAGGCAUUGCCAGAAGGACUGAAAAUGAACCACCACAUCCCAGGCAGCCUUUUAUAAUACAACCUGGACGUGGCAUCAAAGCAGUGGCGGUAAAGACAUCAGCUACUUGGGCGUUAGCAACUGCUGCUCCGCACCAUGCAACAGGGAACUGCAGUCUCCUUUCUGGCUUCGUAACUGAGCAUGAUGAUCUGUUUGUUCAUGCGGUCGACAUGGUGCCCAUGCCGGUCCGUGCCCGGGGCGCUGUCGUCACGGAUGCGAUAGUCCUUCCUGAUGUGUGGUUCGUCCCCGGGCUCACAGCGAACUUGGUGUCAGUUAGCCAGCUCGCUCAGCUAGGUUACAGCAUCGGGUUUGGUUGCGGUGAGUGCCGUGUCACAAGUGGAGUUGAUGGCAUGAUCGUCGGCAAAGCUCGCCUCAGGGAAGGUGGACUGUAUGUUCUUGAUUCCCUAAAGGUUUCACUCGCUAUAUGAGGGUUACAAUCAUCGAUCGACAGGUUCAAUAUGGUUACUGGAGUAGCUUUUAAAAAAUGAUGGUUACUACUGGAUUAUUACCUGGUAAUUUUCAAACCAACGGUGUGUUCUGUGAUGUAAUUUUAAUAAGCUAUAUAUUGUGGUAGACCGUUGUGGCUCUUAUUGGAGCAUAGGCUUGGCAGCUUCUACCCUUUCAAAGCGCCUGGUUUGGCUUCAGUUUGUGUGAUUCAUGCAUGGACGCUCUGUUAGAAUAAACGAUAUGCAUCAUGUCGUAUGUAACAAGGUUUCCUGAAUAUUCUUGAGUAGUAUUGAUUCAACUAUAGAUGAGUCCUGAUUGUAUACGUAUAUCAUGAGUCCUAGUUGUAUACGUAUAUCAUAGAUCACAGCUGAAUCAAUCUACGAUAG